ACGCCAUGCACGAUACACAAGUGAGGGUCUCGGCGCUGCAGCGCUCCGUCGCGGCUGCCCUCGCCGCCGUCCGUUUCGGCUUCGAGGAGGAGUACGUCGAGCCGCGCACCGGCUACUCGCUCGACCUGGCGCUGCCCUCUUCACGCAUCGCGAUCGAGGUGGACGGCCCGACUCACUUCCUGCUGCCCGACGGCCGGGGUGUGCGCAAACCCAACGGGCACACGCUAAUCAAGCGGCGCCUCCUCGCGGCGGCCGGCUGGCGGGUGAUCAGCGUUCCGUUCUUCGAGUGGGACGGCUUGCAUUCGGCCGGUGAGCGGCAAGCCUACCUGGAGUGGGUGGUCGCCUCGCAAUAGUAGUCUACUCUUGUACCACCGAGCGCGGCCCCCCCAGAGAAAAGCUGUGUGAGAGAGAGCCCGCGGCGACAACAUAUCUCAUAUGUGUAGAGCCGUACUGUAGUCCGUGUUUACAAGUUGCGGGACAUCUUUCUUCUUACAUCAGACUUGUGUG